AAUUCUCUCUAUCAUUAGAAGGGACGAGGACAAGGUUGCAUAUGCGUUUGCUUGAAAGAGCAAGUCAAGGUGUGUAACUAAACAAUAAACUUCAUUCUGAAAGCCCAGAGAAACAUGACUGCAUUGACUUCACCACUGAACAUGGUUUCCAAAUACACCCUUUAUUUAUUAUUUUUUUUUAGAGUGCUUUAUUUUCUUUCAACAGCAGGAACAGCUAAAGAGGGACAUCUUGUGGCGUUUUUGUGAAAGUAAUGAAGAUGCACUUUAGGAAGACGAAAACAAAGCUUUUGCUUGACCGAGUGUAAUUUGUGUAGGAUUAGUAACUUUUUAAUCUAGAUGGUUUUGUAAUUUUUGUUUGUUUUCUGUUCUGCACACAAUCGUGUUUACCGUUUAAAAUCGCAGAAAGGAGGCUUAUAGUUGGGCUGUCGUCUUUGUAACCGAAGAGGGGGAGAUGCUUAUUUGUUUAAUACUGUUAAGGAGAUGGCUAUUCAGUUUCACAAUGCAUCAAAACAUCAGUUCGGUUUACUCAACGAAGAUAGUAAACAAUAAAAAAAAAAUGUACUCGUCGCACAAGCGUGUCACGUGAUUUGAGGUAACGCGCGCCGGGCUCUCGUUGAAGUGAAGGAUGCAAAAAAAAAACAGCGAUUGACAACCAGGAAGAGAAGAGCAGCUGACGAUUAAGUGAUAUGGAGGUCUCUGUGCAUGAUAAAACUAUAGAAGCAGCUGAAGCUCUGCUGCACAUGGAUUCACCGGCCAGCCUUCAGGGCGAUCGCAGCACAGAGGAGCUGUUAUCUGAGGUAGAGGUUGAAGUGAGGACAGAGGAUAUGGGACCCGUUGCCAAGGAUAUUGUUGUCUUGCAGGAGACCGAUUUACUGAAGAAGAAAAAGAGAGCAGGACGAAAACCCAGAACUCCACGGAGUUUCUGCGAUGGUUCUCUGGAUAUGGUCUAUAAGAGGAAAUCAAAAGACAGCAAGGGCUCAACUACUUACCUGUGGGAGUUCCUAUUGGACCUUCUGCAGGACAAAGAAACCUGUCCAAAGUACAUUAAGUGGACUCAGAAAGAGAAGGGCAUAUUCAAGCUUGUGGACUCAAAAGCUGUGUCUAAAUUAUGGGGCAGACAUAAGAAUAAACCUGACAUGAACUAUGAGACAAUGGGCAGAGCACUCAGGUAUUACUAUCAGCGAGGCAUUUUAUCAAAAGUGGAAGGCCAAAGACUUGUGUAUCAGUUUAAGGAGAUGCCCAAAGACAUUGUUUUCAUAGAUGAUGACAAUAUGGAUGACAGCAUAGAUGAAGGAAAGAGAGAAAGCCCAGCUGUAUCCCAUCGCAGCAAAGGCAAAGGGACUCCAGUCUCUCCCUCCACUGCUGUACCUAAAAUCAUCAGUCUAACCUCAGGACAAGAAGCCUUUAUGACUGUGCAACAGUCGCCAGAUAACAUAGCGACAGCCCCUGGGACAGUGAGGCUUGCCAUGCAGGUUCCUGUACUCAUGACAACACAGGGUCAGAAAAUCUCCACAGUAACCGUCAACUCUCCCACCGUCCGCUCGCCGAUCCUUCCUGCGUCCAACUCCAUCGCUGGGGGAAACAGCGCAGGCAAAGUGGUUCUCCAGGCCGUGCCAACGCUAGUGCCUGCUCAGGGCCAAAGCGGUGAGAGAAUCACCUUGCAGCUCAUCACCCUUCCCACCAUGCCUGGCAAACCGGGCACUCCCAUUACUCUGAGCACACUCUCCCCCGUCACCGUGCCUACCAGCAACACCCAAGUCCUGAAGCUCGCCGUCCCCUCCAACAUCUCCACAACGUCCUCCGCAGCUCCUGUAACUGUGGUGACCUCUCAGCCGGGAGUGACUGUGGUGCCAAACACACAGCCAGCAAUGUCCUUACAGGAUGUGACUAUUAUUAAAGUUGAAACUCCCGACGUUUCUGUCGAUCAGACACCUAACAUGGCUGCGGAGAACGCACCGAGCACACAGACGAACCCCACGACCACGCAGAGCUGAGCAAACCGACAUCAAUGCUUGUGACACAGAUGCAAAUAAAACAAGUGAUGUGAAGAGUGGCUGUGUCUCACGUGAAACGGAUGAAACCAGCACUACAGCUCAGACGCUUGUUUACGUCCAACACUAUAACCACCGUGUGUAGCCUGAGCCUGGGUUAGACUUUUCUUUUCUUUCUUAAAUUUAUCUAUUCAAAUCACGCUUUGUUAUAGCUUACAUCUGUGCCGUGAUGCUGUAGGAACGAACCUCACUUGGUGCUAAAGACUGAGAGGAAGUCAUGUGAAUAAAGAGAAACAGCCAAGGUUUUGACCACCUGGUAAUUUGGAGCAGAAACCAAUCUGUGCAUAGACAUACAAUUGCGGUAGUUAAUGAUAAUAAAACAGCCUUAGGUCAGCAUUUUCCUCAUCAAAUCAUUACUAAAAGUAAUUGAUUGUGCUUUCUGUGUAAAUAUGAGAUUUGUUUUUUUGAUAUUUUGUACCAAGAAGUGUUUUGUUUUUUGUUUUGCUUUUUUUUUACAGU